ACAGGGAGAAGCCAGCAGGACCCCAAGGGGAGAGGGGCUGGGCAGGCACAGAGAGAGCUGUGCAGGGAGAGGAGACCGAGGAGACGGAAGGCAGCCCCACCGCUCCACCAGACCCCGACCGCUCCACCAGCCCAACUUGGCAGGCACAGCUGGGGAGGAAACAUCCGGGCAGGGCACCGGGCCGCCCCCGAAGACUGGCCAGCCGUGGAGCCCACUACCUGCAGGGGUUCUGGGCCACGGGAAGGGUGGCAGAGGUGACAAAGCCUCCUGCCCCACCUGGCCUCUCCUCUCCGCUCCUCACUGCUCGUCAGAAGCUGAGGACCCAGCCUCGUCUGGGAAGCUGCUCUGAGCGCUAAGGCCCACAGCUGUGAUGGCUCCCUCUGUGCCAGGUAGCUGGAAGAGCUGCUGUGCCCAUGGAAUGUAGCUGCCCCUGGCCCCAGAACUGUGUCCAUGCAGUCCCUGACAGAGCACAACAUCCGGACACGCCAGCAGGGGGCUCCUCACCCCACCUCUGCACCUGCCACCCGGGCCUCGCCUGGGCAGAGAACACGGUGAGCCCAAGCCCUGCUCACCUCAGGGCAUGGAGAAUAGCACCACGCACAGUGGGGCCCCCAAGAAGCUGGGCCUGUCCUUCUCCAUCGAGGCCAUCCUCCGCAGGCCCUUGCAGCGUUGUGAGGAAGCUCGGCUCGAGCCCCCGAAGGAGCAGCCCCAGGCAGAGAGAAGGGCCCGACGCAGGGCCCGCACCACCUUCACGCCAGAGCAGCUGCAGGAGCUGGAGAAGAUCUUCCACUUUACCCACUACCCUGACGUCCACGUCCGCAGCCAGCUGGCUGCCAGGAUCAAACUGCCAGAGGCCCGAGUACAGAUCUGGUUCCAGAAUCAGCGUGCCAAGCGGCGAAAACAAGAGAAGAUGGGCGGCCUGGCAUCCCCACAGCAGCCGGGCAAGGCUGCCUCGGCCCUGCCCCUGAACCUGGAUGUGGCUGGCUCCGUGCCAACGGCCACCACACUGCACUGCCCAGCUGUUCCCUGGGGCUGCUCCCUGCCUGUUCAUGGCCCCCCAGCACCCGCUUGGGUGCCUGCCGGGGUUGCCUUCCUGCUGCAACACCCUCAGGAGAUGCAGCCCCUGCUGGGGCCCCCCAUCCAAAACACCUGUGCACACGGCCUCUACCUCCUGCCACCGCCACCUCCCAGGUGGGACAGCACCUGCACCACUUCCACCUAGGUGCUGUGUCAGUGCUGCCAGCAGUGCCCAGACCUUGGGAAAAUCAGCUCACAGCCCAGCUUGCUAUGCUGACCGCAGCGGCAGUGACACGAAGGACAGUGGAUGGCCGGGCAAGAGCAUGCUGGGAGUGGCUAUGUGACUCCCACCAGUCCUUGCCCCUCUGGCCUCUCCUGAGCCCGAAGCAGUGCACAAGUGACCUCAGGGACCCUUUUCUCCGUAAGCCGGGACAGGCAGGGGCCGUGGAGGGACUAAGAAGUCUGUGGGCCUCACGUCCACUCAGCACUUGCUGCAACACACUCACAGACAGCUGGACAGAGACCAUGCCUUGGGUUCUCCUGUGUGGUCGGGGCUAGCAUCUGGCUGUGCCUCUGGGCUCCAACGUGGCACCACAGGGCAGGAUGGAAGUGGCCUCUUGGUGUCUGUCUGUCCCACUAGACUGGGAAGGCAUCAUCGUGCAGCCAAUGGGGAUGAUGACAGGGACCUUUCCAGAGCCGCCACCUUCCACAGGGCAGAGGCAGCUGGAAGCCACCUCCCUCGGUCCUGGAAAGCCUAAGAUUUCUGUUAGUUCAUUGUGUUCCCGCAGGGAGACCCUGCAGGAACAGCCUCUCUGCCUGAGACUCAGUUUCCCUGUCUAUAAAAUGGACCAGUGACUCCACAGCCUGAUCCACUGUGCCUCUGUGGAGUGAUAUCCUUAUUCUCACAUCUACAGGGGAAGCGGCUGCUGGGGCCCCUGCCCUGCUGCUGGGAUGAGGCCUCUCCCCGAGGCUGGGCCAUCAGCAAUCAGGACCUCUAGGAAUCUCCCGCAGGCCCCGAUCCUGGGCUGCCCAGGAGUAGGGAGCCGGCUCUUAGCUAGCUCUUAGCCUGCACUGUUCCAGUAACCUUACCACUAGUCCUCUGGGCCUCUGUUUCAGUGUCUGUGAUGUGCUGGUAUCUGGCCCAAGCCAACCAGGGCACAGGCUGUGCUCACAGUGUGACCAGAAGUCAUCGAGUCACCACAGAGGUGGCUGUGCAUCCCAUGAGGCCACUGCCUCCUCCCUUUGGAUUUUUGUUUUAUAUCCAUGGAGCAAAGGGAUCGCUUUAGAAACCUUCCUGGCUGUGUGACCGUGGACAAUGGUCCACCCUCCCUAUGUGCUUCUUCCCUGACCUCUUGCCUCCCGGUGACUGUUAGCACAAACAAGCUGAUGCCCUCAGACCCGUAGCAAGCGCUUGGCACACAUCACGAGAAGCGUGCCUCCCCCAAGGCCCCUUCUAGCCUUUUGUGCUGACCUAAGCCCGAGCUCCCUCCUAGACCUUAUUACCCAGCUUCUGGGAGGCCAAGGAAUCUCGGAAGAGUGCAGAACUCUGCAUGGCUGUGUGUUUGUUUUCCCAGAGAAAAGGGGCUCACUGCUUUCGUGAAUUUUGCAAAGAGCUCCGAGACUAAAAUGAAUACCCACAAAGAGGCCUGUGGGUCAUGCCUGCGCCAGUCUGGGGAGGCUGGUUCCAGCUGUGAGCACACACACCUGGGAGUCAAGCAGAGCGGUUUUAAAAAGGCAAAAGCAUGAAAAUGUUGCUUUGGUUUCAGUGUGCCUCAAAAGUGUGUAUAUCACCAUGGAAACAGCAUUAUAGCUGGGCCUUUGGGGUUGUGGGCCGCGGGAGCUCUGGCUCUGAGGGGUUAAUGCCUCAUGGUGGGAGCGGGCCCCUCUCUCGUCUCUCAGUUCGCUCUGGCGGUGGAAAGCACCUGUGCCUCCCAGCCUGGGCCUCGCUGACUGGACACCAGCUCCAGAAUCAUGAGCCGAUAAAGUUCUGUUCCUUAACAAA